AUGAAAUUCUCGACAGGAAGCAUUCUUUUUUUGGCGGGGUCUGCUGUUGCUAGUCCUCUAGCAGCUCGUGUCGCUCGCCGUGCUGGAGUCUCUCGCCCAAACAUGCGCGUGGGUCCCAAGGCCAGCCAGAGCAACGAUGCUGAGCAGAGCUCCAACUGGGCUGGCGCAGUCUUAGUUUCUUCUGGUUUCACUGGAGUCUCUGGGACUUUCACUGUGCCCACCCCUCAAAUUCCAUCUGGAGGUGACCAAAGUACCCAGUACUGCGCUACAGCCUGGGUUGGAAUUGACGGCGACACUUGCUCAACUUCCAUUCUGCAAACUGGCGUUGACUUCUGCAUCCAAGGCAGCGAUGUUAGCUUCGACGCUUGGUAUGAGUGGAUUCCAGCCAACUCAGUGGACUUCAGCGGUAUUAGCUUCAGCGCCGGAGACUCUGUUUCCGUGAGUGUUGUUGCUACCAGCAAAACUACCGGAACUGCGACUAUCACCAACAACUCUAACGGACAGAGUGUCACUCACAAAUUCACUUCAAGCGAGACCACCAGCUCCCUCUGUGAGACCAAUGCAGAGUGGAUCGUCGAGGACUUUACCAUCAUAUCUUCCUCCGGCCAGCAAUCUCUCGCCCCCUUUGCCAAUUUUGGAACUGUGACCUUUACCGAUGCCGCUGCUGUAAAGAAUGGAAAUCAAGUUGAUGCCUCUGGUGCCAACACCAUAUCCCUCGUUGAUGGGAAUGGCAACGUCCUGGCUGCCCCGAGUGUUGAUGGAAGCACUAUCACUGUCACCUACCAGUAA